ACAAGCGCCCGGAGGACCGGCGCGGGAGUGGGGCGAGCGGGCGCGCGGAGCGGACACCGCGGACCUUGUGCUGCGCCACCGCGCCCACUCGGCGGCUCGGAGGCGGGGACCGGCCCGGACGCUGCGCCGCCGCAGGCGGCCGACGGGAAGGAGGAGGCGCCGCCGGCCCGGGCAGGAGCCGAGCGCAGCCGCCGCCACCGCCAGAAGUUUUGGGCUGAGCCGGAGCUGCCGGGAGGAAACUUUUUUUUUCUUUUUUCCCCCUCCCUCCCGGGAGGAGGAGGUGAAGAAGGAGGAGGGGACGCCACCGCUGCCGCCGGCGCCAACGCUCGCGGGCUCGGGGUCGCCGCGGCCCGCAGAGGGGGCGGGGGCCUCGCCCCGCAGGGGAGGCGCGCCCGGGGGCCCCGAGGGAAAGCGGGCACCGCGGGCUGCGGGCCCCGCUCCCGGCCCGGCUGCGAGGAGCCGGCGGCGCAGGAGGAUGUACUUGGUGGCGGGGGGCAGGGGGCUGGCCGGCUGCGGGCACCUCCCGGUCUCGCUGCUGGGGCUGCUGCUGCUCCUGGCGCGCUCCGGCACCCGGGCGCUGGUCUGCCUGCCCUGCGACGAGUCCAAGUGCGAGGAGCCCCGGAGCUGCCCGGGGAGCAUCGUGCAGGGCGUCUGCGGCUGCUGCUACAUGUGCGCCCGCCAGAGGAACGAGAGCUGCGGCGGCGCCUACGGGCUGCACGGAGCCUGCGACCGGGGGCUGCGCUGUGUCAUCCGGCCCCCGCUGCACGGCGACUCCAUCACCGAGUAUGAAGUGGGCGUCUGCGAAGAUGAGAACUGGGAUGAUGACCAGCUGCUUGGUUUCGAACCAUGCAAUGAAAACCUUAUCUCUGGCUGCAAUAUAAUUAAUGGGAAAUGUGAGUGUGACACCAUUCGAACCUGCAACAAUCCCUUUGAGUUUCCAAGGAAGGAUAUGUGCCUUUCAGCUUUAAAGAGGAUUGAAGAAGAGAAGCCAGAUUGCUCCAAGGCCCGCUGUGAAGUGCAGUUCUCUCCACGUUGUCCUGAAGAUUCUGUUCUGAUCGAGGGUUAUGCUCCUCCCGGGGAGUGCUGCCCCUUACCCAGCCGCUGCGUGUGUGACCCUGCGGGCUGUCUUCGCAAAGUCUGCCAGCCGGGAUACCUGAACAUACUAGUGUCCAAAGCCUCAGGGAAGCCGGGAGAGUGCUGUGACCUCUAUGAGUGCAAACCAGUCUUCAGUGUGGACUGCAGCACUGUGGAGUGCCCCUCGGUCCAGCAGACUGUGUGCCCCCUGGACAGCUACGAAACUCAAGUGCGACUCACAGCGGAUGGCUGCUGUACCCUGCCUGCAAGAUGCGAGUGUCUCUCUGGCUUAUGUGGUUUCCCCGUGUGUGAGGUGGGAUCCACUCCCCGCAUAGUCUCUCGUGGAGAUGGGACACCCGGAAAGUGCUGUGAUGUCUUUGAAUGUGUUAAUGAAACAAAGCCAGCCUGCAUAUUCAACAAUGUGGAGUAUUACGAUGGCGACAUGUUUCGAAUGGACAACUGCCGGUUCUGUCGUUGCCAAGGAGGCGUUUCCAUCUGCUUCACUGCCCAGUGUGGGGAGCUGAGCUGUGAGAGAUACUACGUGCCUGAAGGGGAGUGCUGCCCUGUGUGUGAAGAUCCGGUGUAUCCUUUCAACAACCCUGCUGGCUGCUAUGCCAAUGGCCAGAUCCGAGCCCAUGGAGACCGGUGGCGGGAAGACGACUGCACCUUCUGCCAGUGCAUCAGCGGCGAGCCGCACUGUGUGGCCACAGCCUGCGGGCAGAGUUGCGUGCGCCCCGUGAAGGUGCCCGGGGAGUGCUGCCCUGUGUGUGAAGAACCGACCUACAUUACAAUUGAUCCGCCUGCAUGUGGGGAGUUAUCAAACUGCACUCUGACCGAGAAGGACUGCGUUUAUGGUUUCAAGCUUGAUCACAAUGGUUGCCGCACUUGUCAGUGUAAAAACAGGGAGGAGCUGUGCUUGAGCCUUAAACAAGGCUGCACCUUGGACUGUCCCUCCGGUUUCCUGACUGAUGCCCACCACUGUGAGAUCUGUCAGUGCCGCCCGCGGCCCAGGAAGUGCAGGCCCAUCGUCUGUGACAAGCACUGUCCGCUAGGAUACCUGAAGAAUAAGCACGGCUGUGACAUCUGUCGCUGUAAGAAAUGUCCAGAGCUCCCCUGCAGUAAAAUCUGCCCCUUGGGCUUCCAGCAAGAUAGUCAUGGCUGUCUUAUCUGCAGAUGCAGAGAGGUCCCUGCUUCAGCCGGGCCGCCUGUCCUGUCAGGCACAUGCCUGUCCAUGGAUGGCCAUCAUCAUAAAAAUGAGGAAAGCUGGCAUGACGGGUGCCGGGAAUGCUACUGUCACCAUGGACGGGAAAUGUGUGCCCUGAUCACCUGCCCAGUGCCUGCCUGUGGCAACCCCACCAUUCGUCCUGGACAGUGCUGCCCGUCAUGUGCAGAUGACUUUGUGGUCCAGAAGCCAGAGCUCAGCACUCCUUCCAUUUGCCACGCACCUGGCGGACAGUACUUUGUGGAAGGAGAGACGUGGAACAUUGACUCCUGCACGCAGUGCACGUGCCACAGUGGCCGGGUGCUGUGUGAGACCGAGGUGUGCCCGCCGCUGCUCUGCCAGAACCCAGCACGCACCCAGGAUUCCUGCUGCCCACAGUGCACAGACGAACCUCUUCAGCCUUCCUCGUCCCACAACGAGAGCGUGCCUGGCUACUGCAGAAAUGAUGAAGGGGACAUAUUCCUGGCGGCCGAGUCCUGGAAGCCCGAUGUUUGUACCAGCUGCGUAUGCAUGGAUAGCGUGAUUAGCUGUUACUCGGAGUCUUGCCCAUCUGUGUCCUGUGAAAGACCUGUCCUCAGAAAAGGCCAGUGUUGUCCCUACUGCCUAGAGGACACAAUUCCCAAGAAAGCAGUAUGUCACUUCGGUGGGAAGGCCUAUGCCGAUGAAGAACGCUGGGACAUCGACAGCUGCACACACUGCUAUUGCCUGCAGGGCCAGACCCUCUGCUCGACCGUCAGCUGCCCACCUCUGCCCUGCGUGGAACCCAUCAAUGUGGAGGGCAGUUGCUGCCCGAUGUGCCCAGAAAUGUAUGUUCCAGAGCCAACUAACAUACCCAUUGAGAAGAAGAAUUACCACGGAGAGAUUGACCUCGAGGUCCCCGUGUGGCCCACACCUAGUGAAAAUGACAUCAUCCAUCUCCCUAGAGAUAUGGGUCACCUCCAGGUAGAUUACAGAGACAGCCACAGGCCGCACCCUGGCGAGGACUCGUCCCUCGACUCUGUUGUCUCCGUUGUGGUGCCCACCGUGAUUUGCCUCUCCAUAAUCGCGUUCCUGUUCAUCAAUCAGAAGAAACAGUGGAUACCACUGCUCUGCUGGUAUCGGACGCCGACCAAGCCUUCUUCCUUGAAUAACCAGUUGGUAUCUGUGGACUGCAAGAAAGGAACCCAUGUCCAGGUAGACAGUUCCCAGAGAAUGCUAAGAAUUGCUGAACCCGAUGCAAGAUUCAGCGGCUUCUACAGCAUGCAAAAACAGAAUCAUCUACAGGCAGACAAUUUCUACCAAACUGUGUGAAGAAAGUCAACAUGGUUGAGGUUUUAAAAGACAGAAAUCAACAAAUCUGCUUUUAAACUAGGACUUGUGCACUUGCUUAGUGGAUUGGAUUGGGUUGUGACUCAAUGUACAGCGCUAAGAACUGACUGGGAUGGGCUCUGCCUGCAGCAGUGUGCAGGACAAGCAUUCCCACUUCUCCUCAAGGUAACUGACCAAGUGUUUCUUAGAACCAAAGUUUUUAAAGUUGCUAAGGUUUAUGUGCUUGUAAUAUAGCUGUAGAGAUUCUUGGGGGUGGGGACAGUGAGUUUGGUUGGGGAAAUGGGUGGGGGGUGUUGGGAAGAAAAAUUGGUCAGCUUGGCUCGAGGAGAAACCCGGUAGAACAGAAGCAGCUCAGUGGCCCACAGAGGCAUUGUUCCUGUUGCCCUGAAGACUGCAGUUGCUACAAAGCCCAGGCCAGAAUGAGCAGGAAACAGAAAAGGCCUUGCGACCCAGCUGCCAUAACCACCUUAGCACCACCAGACGAGUGCGUCAAACUCUUGAUAGCCAUCCCAGGUCUAAAGCCACAGGUCUCUUUUCUAUAGUCACAGCUGCAGUAGGCAGUGAGCGAGCCAGGGAAAUGCGAGCUAGCAACAUGGCUCUGAAGCGGGUUACUGAGGAUAUAUACAGUUAGACUUUUUUGCUGCUUUUGUUUUCUUCCAAGCCAAUCAGCCAGUUCCUAGGAGACAGCAAAUGAACGAGACCUAAGUCAUUUCUUGGUGUGAGCACUGGAGCUUUUCUUACAGCAGCGUGGCAGGAAGGAGGAGCGGGUACAGGACACCAGGCAUUUCCAGGGGCUAAACCUCAUUGUUCGUUGUUGCUUUGUUCUGUUCUGUUGUUGGUUGUUCAUAGUUCUUGUCAAAGCUCUAGCUUAAGAAACUUUUUUUAAAAAAGACUAUUUGGGGAUUUUUUUUUCCUUAUUAUAGAAUGAUUCUACAAAAUAGAAACUACUUCAUUUUAAUUGUAUAUUAUUCAAGCACCUUUGUUGAAGCUCAAAAAAAUUAUGCCUCUUUAAACUAGCAAUUAUAGGAAUAUUUAUGUAACUAUCUUAAGCUUCAAAAAACAAAAGUAUUUGUGUGCAUGUGUAUAUAAUAUAUAUAUGCUGCAUAUAUAUUUAUACACAUACAAUUUAUGUUUUCCUGUUGAAUGUAUUUUUAUGAGAUUUUAACCAGAACAAAGGCAGAUUAAACAGGCAUUCCAUAUUAAUGCUUUUGAUCACUUACAGAUGUUUUUUGAGUAACACAAAAAUCUCAUUCUACCUGCAGUUUAAUUGGGAAGAUGUUUGUGUGAGUGUGAGUGUGUGUGUGCGCGCACCUUGAGCAGCCAGCAUCACACCUGCUGUGGAGAAGAUACUCCUUUAUUGCAGUCUUCUUCAUUCGGAUUUGCUUUCAGUUGGUUUUCAAUUUGCUCACCAGCCAGAGAUAUUGAUGGCAGUUUUUACCUGCGUCACUAAUCAGCUCCUGGAUUUUUUUUUUUUCUUUUCAAACAACUGUUUGAAACAACUACUGGAAUAUUGUCCACAAUAAGCGGGAAGCUUGUUGUAGUUUGCCUCAGAUAGGACUGUAUACUACGGUGUUAACUUUUCAAACAGCUCUUAGCACUUUUAUACUAAUGACCCAUUUGUGCAUUGAUUUUUCUUUUAAAAAUGCUUGUUGUAAAAGACACAGAUACCCAGUAUGCUUAAUGUGAAAAGAAAAUGUGUUCUGUUUUGUAAAGGAACUUUCAAGUAUUGUUGUAAAUACUUGGACAGAGGUUGCUGAACUUUAAAAAAAAUUAAUUUAUUAUUAUAAUGACCUAAUUUAUUAAUCUGAAGAUUAACCAUUUUUUUGUCUUAGAAUAUCAAAAAGAAAAAUGAAAAAAAGGUGUUGUAGCUGUUUGCAUCAGAGGAACAAAAAGAUUUAUUAACUAGGGGCAAUAUUUUUGUUUCCAAAAUAAAUUUGUUAAUAAUAUGUUACCAAAAUAGAUUUCUAUCAGUCUGAUUAGUAUAAAAUUUUGUUGACAAUUAAUCCAUUCCUGGCACAAAAAGUCUUUAUCCAAAAAAAUUGUAAAUGCUUGCUUUUUGUUUUUUCAAUCAUGGCCAUAUGAAAAUACUAACAGGAUAUAGGACAAGGUGUAAAUUUUUCUAUUAUUUUAAAGAUAUGAUUUAUCCUGAGUGCUGUAUCUAUUACUCUUUUACUUUGGUUCCUGUUGUGCUCUUGUAAAACAAAAACAAAUAUAAUUUCCUGAAGAAUAAAAUAGAUAUAUGGCACUUGGAGUGCA